GCAAAGUUUCUCGCCGAGCUCCUGGGCUGCACACUGCCGAGCAAGGGCGCCUGUCCCAUGUUUGAGUCCCAAAGUCCCUCCCGGGUUGGCCAGAAAUCAAGCACCCAGCAAAAGACAACCAUUUUCAGCACAUUGGCCAAGGAGAAGUCUUUGUCUGACUACAAAAAACCGGAACCGCAGUGGAAACCUUCAGCGAACAGUAGCGUCACCCCAGCCUGCUUGACCAGCCCUCUGGUUGAGAAGCCAACAGGCAAAGAAAGCAUGCCUCAGACGCCUCCCUUUUCAGCUAUGUUUGACAGCAGUGGUUACAACCGAAACCUCUACCCGUCGUCGUCGGCUGAGGACAGCUGUGGAGGGUUGUAUUACCAUGACAACAACCUCCUCUCCGGAUCUCUGGAAGCACUCAUCCAGCACUUAGUUCCAAAUGUGGAUUACUAUCCAGAUAGGACGUACAUAUUCACCUUCCUACUCAGUUCUCGGUUAUUUAUGCAUCCAUCUGAGCUAAUGGCCAAGGUUUGCCACCUAUGUGUUGAACACCAGAGAUCAAGUGAUCCUAGCAAUGAUAAGAACCAGAUAAGAAAAAUUGCACCUAAAAUCCUUCAACUCCUGACGGAAUGGACGGAGACCUUUCCUUACGACUUUCGGGAUGAACGAGUAAUGAGAAACUUAAAAGAUCUGGCUCACCGGAUAACGAGUGGCGAGGAGGCGUAUCGCAAGAAUGUGCAACAGAUGAUCCAGUGUCUGCUCCGCAAGCUUGCUGCCCUCAGCCAGUACGAGGAAGUCCUGGCAAAGAUCAGCGCCACCGCCACGGACCGACUCACGGUUCUCAGGACCAAGCCACAGGUCGUUCAACGGGACAUCAUUACCAUCUGCAGCGACCCUUACACUUUGGCCCAGCAGCUGACUCACAUAGAACUGGAGAGGCUUAAUUAUAUUGGGCCAGAAGAAUUCGUUCAAGCAUUUGUACAGAAGGACCCGUUGGACAAUGACAAGACUUGCUACAGCGACCGGAAGAAAACACGGAAUCUAGAAGCCUAUGUAGAGUGGUUUAACCGCCUCAGCUACUUGGUUGCUACAGAAAUCUGCAUGCCGGUAAAGAAGAAGCACCGUGCAAGAAUGAUUGAGUAUUUCAUUGACGUCGCUCGGGAGUGUUUCAACAUCGGCAACUUUAACUCUCUGAUGGCGAUUAUCUCUGGCAUGAAUAUGAGCCCCGUCUCUCGACUAAAGAAAACUUGGGCCAAAGUGAAGACUGCCAAGUUUGACAUCCUUGAGCAUCAAAUGGACCCUUCCAGCAAUUUCUAUAAUUACCGAACAGCUCUCCGUGGGGCAGCGCAGAGGUCUUUGACUGCUCACAGUAGUCGAGAGAAGAUUGUGAUACCCUUCUUCAGUCUCUUAAUCAAAGAUAUUUAUUUCCUCAACGAAGGCUGUGCCAACCGCCUCCCCAACGGCCAUGUCAACUUUGAGAAAUUUUGGGAACUGGCCAAGCAAGUGAGUGAGUUGAUGACAUGGAAACAAGUGGAGUGUCCAUUUGAGAGGGACCGGAAGAUCUUGCAGCACCUGCUCACAGUCCCGGUCUUCAGUGAAGACGCUCUCUACUUGGCUUCCUAUGAGAGUGAGGGCCCUGAAACCCAUGUAGAGAAAGACAGAUGGAAGUCUUUGAGGUCCAGCCUCUUGGGCAGAGUUUAACAUAUGGGAUGCCGCCUGCUGCUGCUGCUGCUGCAUCACGCAGAUCCUUAAGGGGCUGGCCUUUUCUCUGGCCUGGAGGACCAAGAAACUCCAGAGCGCCCCGCCAUCGUGGGUGUGCGCUGACAGCAAAGAAAGCAGGCUCCCUCCAGAGCAGAUGGGGGACUUCUGCCCCUCAGCUGACAGAUUGACUCCGAUUUUGUGAGACUGAAAUGUUCACUGAAGACGCUCAGGGGAGCAUCCUCUACCGCAUCCAGCUCAGCACAUGAUUCAUCUCCCGGAAUUUCCAUGUGAAUCACAGCUCUGCACCUGGAUGGAGUGUGUGUGCGUGUGUGUGUGUGUGUGUGUGUGUGUGUGUGUGUGUGUGUGUGUGUGUGCGUGUGCGCGUGUUUUAAUUUGAUUCAACAUUUGCUGCUAAUGGGACUUGUCCGGCUGAGCGCUGGCCCUGAGGAAGCCCACAUUGCAUUGUUAACUUAACGGAAAAAGGAGAGGAGGGGGAGGGAACCAACUGGCUCACUGGGAGCCUCAAACUCAGCUCCCUCGGAGUUGCGGGAAGGGAAGGCUGGCAUUGCUCCCCCGUCGCGUGCGCUGUAUUGGGGGUUCCUCUCCCACCUCGUCCUCGGGGCGUUGAGUUGGCUGCUGGCUGGCAAACUCAUUUUCACCCGUGUAAGUUAUUUAAUAUAAUAAUGAAGCUCAACACUGUGGAAGGAGGAUAGCCACGAGGGGGGAAAAAGACAAAACAGAAUAAACAGCAGAGUUUGUCUUUGGACCACUUCCUGUUCCAGAAGGAGUUUUUGUUCUCUUUGCCCUCUGAGUUAUUCACGACAGACCACUGUACUCCCGGAUGUGUUUGUCAGUCGUUUGUUGUUAGUGUCCCUUAACACCGUUUUUGUUGUCGUUCUCUCUUGUAGAUUUCAAUUAUAUGACAUGUAGGGUCUUGGAAACUAGAACUCACAGCAGAAUUACCAGCUCAGUUUGUUUGUUCUUCUUAAGACUGACUUUGUUUCAUUGCUUUUUGGAGCCUGUUGUUGACUAAACCUGUGAAAAGAAUAAAAUGGAAAUCCCCCCGCCCCACCCCAGCCGUAAACAAAACAAACGAAAAACACCUUGCAGCUCACUGAUUGCGCUGAUAGUGAAGUCGCUCACAUCGUUAGCCGUGGAACUGCGUCUGUCGCUGCUCGGCCCCCGUAGCCAUGACGUGUAUUGACUAGGAGAACCCGUAGAGUAGUCAUUUGCGCUAAUGGAAAAACACAAAGCCACCUCAACAGCGUGUUCAGGCAGGUGUAUUCGAGAAUUUAAUGACCUCGUUUCCAAAAUACAAGCAUGUAUGUAUGCUGCACGCCAUCUCAGCAGACCUACAAUUUGUCUCUAAAUUGUCCCUUUGCAACCAUCAAUAUAUUUUACACUCUGCGGCCCGAA